AUCCACCCGCUCUAUUCGAAACAGCUUGUCUCAUUCAGGCUUGUUCAAUGACUUUGCCCUCCCCUCUCUCCGCUACCUAUUGGUCAACAUGGUCGCCAGUCCGUCCAUCGGCGACCGUGAUAGAAUCUGUGCAGCGAGACCAAGGAGAAGAGUGGAUCGGCAGCUGGGAUGCCGUCGGUCUUUACGAAGCGAAUGACAAGCAGCCAGGCUACCAGACAAUAUCUUUACACAUAACUACCCACCGUCUCAUACUCAUCCCAUCUGACAGUCAUUCCCCUCACGUUCCGUCACUACAAACGCAUCUGUCGUAUGUGCGUAACACCGAAUAUUACUCUGGGUUUAUGCGCAGCUCGCCCAAACUCACCCUCACGCUCGGAAAUCCCCAGUCCAGAGACAAUGAUCCCGCAGUUGAAAGCGCUGGAACGUGGACCUGUCGGGUGUGUGGAUAUGUUAACGAGAGAAAGGGAUUGGGCAAAUCGGGCAAGUGUGGGCUAUGUGGUGUACCGUAUGCUCAAGCUGUGGCAUCACCCAGUGUAUCGGCAACGCCCUCACGAGCUGGUACACCCAACUCAUCCGGCUUUACUCCCCCAUCGUCUACCGCCGAUGACAAAGAGGGCGAAUCAAAGGUCGCCUGUCCAGCUUGUACAUUCCUUAAUUCAGCAUUGCUGCGAAACUGCGAAAUUUGCGCUACACCUCUCCCGCGGCUCCCUCAGCUUAAUACCAUAAGGGAAAAGCCAGAGAAGCAGCAAGUCGUGAGACUAAGCUUUCGUAAAGGAGGAGAUAAAGAGGCAUACAAAAAACUCUCGAGUGUCCUUGGAGACAAGGCCUGGGAACGUGAAGGACGCUCUAGUGCUCAAACUACGAGCUCUAACGGCGAGAGGUCAGGGGCUGGUAUCGAUGGCAUCCUUCAGUCGAUUGAUUUAUCGGCCAAAGCCCAAGAUACUCACAUGCAAACAGCGUUCGCGGAUCUUGAAGCACUCAUGCUCCGUGCAGGAGAGAUGGUUCGCCUAGCACAAUCUCUCAAUCAGAAGCUCUCAUCGCAACAACAAGCCGGUGCCUCAAGUCCUACCGGUUCACCCCAAGGGCAAACUACGGAGGAAGAGGCUACUAUGAUUCGUACUUCGCUCGUGCAGCUUGGUCUUGCGACACCCGCUUUAACAAAAGAGAUGGUCAAAAAUGAGCGGGCUUACCAUGAAGGGCUUGCAAAAGAGCUGGGAGGACUAUUAACUGGCAGGGACGGGGAAAGUGGGUUAAUGGUGGGCGAGGGAGGAAGAGGGGUCGUGGCAUUAGAUGAGGUUUGGGGGUUGUGGAUGCGCGCCAGGGGCGUUGCAUUGUUAUCACCACAAGCUCUGAUUGAUACGUUACCUUACCUUCCUAACUAUACCUCCCCUUCCAUCCAUUCGCUUCGCCUCCCUUCGAGUCUCAUGGUCUUACACACUCCGACAUUUUCAACAUUAUCAAUUCUAUCUCGCACUCUCAGCCGUUUAGAACCUUCGUUCCCCAACAGCGAUCCCUUUGAGAAAUCCUUCUCCCUUCUUGAAUUUGCUUCAACCGAAUCCUUGCCUAUAGGACUCGCCCAAGAAUUUGUGGGACUCAUGGAGUCACAAGCCGGCCUGGUCAGAGACGACCAAGCUGGACAAGGGGAUGGCGGUGUUAGAUGGUAUCGGGAUAUUAUCAGCCCAUAAACUACGGGAUUGGGUACUUUCACAUCUACAUGUCCAGUUGUAUGACUUGAUCUGUUGUACGAUUAUUAUAACGCGAUUCAAUGCUGCA